AUGUCAUGCACUGAUUUUGAAUACCUGCUUCAAAAAAUUUCUCCGAUGGUUUCUAAGCAAGAUACUACUUGGAGGGAAGCUGUACCAACAAAAAUACGACUUGCAUUGACAUUGAAAUUUUUAGCUACUGGAGAUGACUACAGAAGCUUACACUAUCUAUUCAAAAUAUCAAGUUCACUUAUCUCACGCAUAAUAAUCGAAGUCUGUUUGGCACUCAAUGAUGUUUUGCAAGAUAUAAUUAAAAUGCCUGAAUCUGCGAGCGAAUGGAUGUCCGUUUCAGAACGAUUCAGCUUCCCGCAUUGUUUGGGCGCUAUAGAUGGGAAGCAUAUCAAUAUACAAUCACCUUUACACUCGGGAACUGAAUACUUUAACUAUAAAGGCCACUUUAACAUUGUUUUACUAGCACUAGUAGAUAGUAAUUAUUGUUUUUUGUUUGCCGAUGUAGGUUCUCAAGGACGGAUUAGUGAUGGGGGAGUUUUCAAUCAAAGUAUCUUAUAUCAAAAACUAUCGUCUAACAGUAUGAAUUUACCCCGUCCUAUUCCACUUCCUAAUAGUGACAUAGUCAUGCCUUACGUAUUUUUAGGCGAUGGUGCAUUUGCUCUCAGUACCCAUUUAAUGAAACCACGUACGUAG